AUGGCGUCCCGCUUCGAAGACGACGACUGGACUGUUGUUAACUACAACAGGGGCAGACGAAGAUUCCGCCCGGUGAAUUAUCGCCAGCCUCCGGUUCCACGAUGGGGAAGCUAUCCUCGGAGAGACGGAAGCCGCAGCUACGCCUCUGCGGUCAGACGAGGCCUUAGAAGAGACGAUGAGGUGGAUGUUUACCACCAACAGCGGAACAGUCGCUCAUACGGUUGGCGUUAUAACAACCGUAAUGCACCGCGCAACGUCUCCGGCGGCGAUCCGCGCUACUGGACCGGACCUCAGAACCUCCGCAUAAUCCAUAGACUUUUAAAAGCCGUGCAUCAUCUGCAGAACGUCAACCAGGAGAAGCUUCCUCCUUCUCUGGACAGAAUCACGCAGAACCUGGCCACAGUAAUUAAACCAGCAAAUCCCACCAGAACAACGCUGACUCUGAUUGAGGGAAAUGCUAAAUAUUGGGCCCAUAACACCACUUUAAUCCUGCGUGAUCAUUAUAAUGACAAUAUCGAUGAAGAAGUGCAGAGGCUGUCCAAGUUUCCCAUUAAGGACUGGGCUGCCCCCUUUGAUAUUGCGUCAUCCUGGGCCAAAAGAAACUUGGGCCCCCGCUUAAAACAGGAGACACUGGAUCAUGCUCACGCUGUUAUUGUGGCUAAAUUAGCAGACCUCACCACAGAGAGUGCUGCGACUGAUGCUCCUGCCACUGUUCCUGCUGCUUCUGCUGCUGCUGCUGCUGCACCCCCACAAGAUGAGGUUCCAGCUGCAGGCCAGCCCAGACCAACACAAGAUGCAGCAACAGCUGUUCUGCUGGAUGUCCAACCUCUGCUCACUGAGGCACGAAGGUCAGCCUCCACGGCUGCAGCAUCACAGAGGACCACAGACACAAUUCAGGUGAGAGCAGAAAUACAUCCUCCACCUAGAGAUGCCACACCAUCCUACAAUUCUGUGGGGGUGAUGACAGAACCUCCAAAAGACGACUGGCUCCUGGACUUCACUCUUUACCAGCCAUCGCCUGAAGGACCCCCAGAGGUUUCGCAGCUCAGCCCGAGCUUGGGGUCCCUCCUAAAACUCAAAGAUCUCCCAAAACACACCAAAGAAAAGAGGAAGACUCCCCUGGUGAGGGAACCAGCCACGCCAGGGCUGCUUCACCUCCUAGUGACAUCAGUCAGAUCCUGCUGGACCUCUCAUCAGCAGAGUCCAGUCCCUCCCCCUCUCCUCCUAGAGAGGACUCACCUGCGCCCAGUAAUGCACCUGGCAGAAAGGCCCUGGCUAAACUGAAGCAUCUCCCAGCUCUCUCCACAGAAAGACUGAGGUCCAGUGUGCAGACUCGACUUCGAGUGGACAUCCCUGAGGACAGCCUCUCUUUCCUCUUUCCACGGGGUCCUGAAAAGAAGGUGUGUGAACCCACCAGGCACCCCACUACGAACAGAAAGCUGCAGGAGUGGACGCUCCACAUUCGAGAGAAGAACAUCAUCCUGGGGGACUCCAACAUCUGCGGCUUUUUCGACUUCUCACCACAAGACGUGCAGAUUGACAGCUAUCCGGGCGCCAGAUGGAACCACGCUGAGUUCCUGCUCCAGAACGCCACCCAGGAGACAGCGGUCGAAAAAAUGAUCCUAUCCUUUGGGAUCAACAACAGGUCGCAGAGGGACAGAAGAGCGGCCCUCCUGGACGUCAGAAGAGCGCUGGAGGUGGCUCAGGAAAGUUUUCCUAAUGCACAGAUUUAUGUUCCGGCCAUUAACUUUUCUAAAGCUCUUCCAGAACAGGAUAAGGUCACCCUCCAGACCAUAAAUGACUACAUCAAGAGUCUGGACCACCACAUCCCUCCACUCCCAGACAAUCAGUUUUCCACUGAUGGGGACAACAUCCACUGGAGCCCUGACACAGCCAGAGCGAUGCUCCAGCACUGGUUGCAGUGGGUAAACUGAAUGUUCCCUUAAGCCUGCUUAGACAGGAAGGGAACAAGGGUGUCAUUAACCUGUGUAAGAAAUUUGUUCUUUCUGAUGCACAACUCUCUCUGCUCAGCAGAGGCUUAACCUUCAUCCCAACUAGAGGCCAGAAUAGAUACUCCAAAUUUCAGUGUAGAAAUGAUAUCCAAGAAUAUCACAGACGAUUAAAAUUAAAACUAUAUUACAAAGAUAAAGACAUUUCAAAAUCAAAACCCUUUACUCCAAAAUCAGAGUGGUCACCUGCAUUGGGUCAACUCCCAAUUCAGGUGCGCACACUCAUCCAAAAUGACCUAGAAUACUUUGAGCAUAAUUUCAAAAAAACAUACAUCAAACCAAAUUUAACCAGGGAUGAAGAGAAGGCUCUGAGAGAGUUUUGCAGCAACAAGAGUAUUGUCAUUAAACCUGCUGAUAAGGGAAGUGCAGUUGUCAUUAUGGACAAAAAGGAUUAUUUACAGGAGGGCUACAGACAGCUAAAUGAUAAAACCUAUUACUCUAAGCUAAAACAACCCAUUUAUAUGGAAACCAUCCCCUUAGUUGAAAAAAUUAUCAAAACCUUGUGUGAAAAGAAAUUCAUUAAUGCUAAACAAAGAAAUUAUUUAAUAGGCCCCCCUCAGCCAAGAGCUAGGCUCUUUUACACGCUCCCAAAAAUCCAUAAAGAACCACAGAAGUGGAGCGUCCCUUUUCAGAUCCCUCCAGGUAGACCUAUAGUUUCUGACUGUGACAGCGAAACCUACCGCACAGCAGAAUUUAUAGAUCACUACCUUAAUCCUUUGUCCAUCAAACAUGACAGCUACAUUAAAGACACUUAUGAUUUUAUUGACAAGGUGAAAAAACUGGUUAUUCCACAGGAUUCAAUUUUAUUUACCAUGGACAUUGACAGUCUUUACACAAAUAUAGAUAUAGAGGAGGGGAUACAGUCCAUCAGAAGAAUUUUUCUCAAAUAUCCUGAUCACAGAAGGCCUGACAAGGAGCUGCUGCAACUGUUAGAAAUCAAUCUCAAAAGAAAUGAUUUCACAUUCAAUGAUGAUUUCUUCUUACAAAUUAAAGGUACUGCAAUGGGUAAGAAAUUUGCUCCAGCAUAUGCUAACAUUUUCAUGGCAGAAUGGGAAACUUCAGCCCUGCAGAAAUGCUCAUUUAAACCACUUUGCUAUUUCAGGUAUCUGGAUGACAUUUGGGGAGUAUGGACUCAUUCUGAGCGAGAGUUUGAGAUGUUUCUGGGGACACUCAACAGCCACAAUCCAUCCAUAAAGUUAAAAUCCACCAGCCACAAAACCUCUGUGGAUUUUUUGGACACAACAACAUUUAAAGGUGAUAAUUUCCACAUCACUCACCAAUUGGACAUCAAAGUCUUUUUCAAACCCACGGACACACAUGCUCUCCUACACAAAACCAGUUUUCAUCCUAGACACACCUUUGCUGGACUAAUCAAAUCACAACUUUUAAGAUUUCACAGAAUCAGCAGUCAACCAUCUGACUUCAGGCAAUCUACAAAAAUAUUGUUUGCAUCCCUGGCCACUAGAGGGUAUUCUCGGUCCUUCUUAAGAAAAUGUUUUAAAUCCUUUCUUGAAACCAGACCCAUUAAUCUUUCACCCAUCAUGCCAGUGAUUGUCACAUAUUCUCCCUUCUCCCUGAGGCUGUUGAGGGUCAUCAGAACAAACUUUCAGAAUCUCGCUCAGGAGACCACGGUUCUGAAAGACCACAGAAUCAUCGCAGCUUUCAGAAGGAACCAGAAUCUCUGUGAUCAUUUAGUUAAGGCGAAAAUUUCCUCCUCCAAGCAAACCCGAUCUAGGAGUCACUCUCAGUUUUUCAUGCAAAAAAAGUGGCUCCAAAGCUUCCAUAACUGCAAUGUCUACCCCUCACCAUCAAGGGGCUCUCCACAUUCUAACAACUGUGUUUAUUUGAUCACCUGUCUGAAAUGUGGGUUACAGUAUGUGGGGGAAACAGGAAACUCCAUACUGACCAGGUUCACCCAACACAGACACAACAUACUCAAACACAAAAACACCCACACACACUUAGUCUCACACUUUGUAUCCCAUGGUUGGGAAUCUGUUAGUGCGUCAGUUAUUGAGAUUAACCCUAGAUGGACAACAGCUCAGAGACGCAGAGCUGAACGGAUUUGGAUCACAAAACUGGAAACCACAUAUCCAAAAGGACUCAAUCAAAAGGGUCCUUAAUAACCUCAUUACUCAAAUUCAUAAUUCAAUUUUUUGAACUCAUCAUCUCCCACCCCCUCAAUUUUUUCUAACCCUAACCCUGGGACCUUUCCCUAACCUUAACCUCAGAGAUUCUCUCCUAACCCCAGCCCAGGGGUUCAACUCUAACCCUAAUUUUAAGUUCAUUCAAAAUAACUUGCUAGGAGAACAAUAUGUUUCCCCCACAUACAACCACUUCCUUAUCCCACAUAAGGUCAAUUGGGAGUCAGGGGGAGGAGGACCUCUGGACUAGGUGCCAAGAUGGCCCGUGCCUUAAAAUCACGCCGCCUUCGGCGGCGCGAUUUUCAUCGACUUCCCCUAACCCUAACCCUAACCCUAACCCCCUAACCCUAACCCUAACCCCCUAACCCUAACCCUAACCCUAACCCUAACCCUAACCCUAACCCCUAACCCUAACCCUAACCCUAACCCUAACCCGAACCCCUGAGGAAGCAACAAACGUUGCGAAACGUCGGGUUCAAACUCUGCUCCGAAAUGUAAGCCCUUUUUAAGCUCUUUUUUAAUAAAGAUUUUAAUAUUUUAGUCUCUUUUGGGACCUUUUCUUUAACUUUUUUUGCAGUUUCAUUUUUGAAACGGUUUUUAGCUUUUUUAUAACUAAGUGGGUUAUUUACAUGGUGGGGGGCUCUACCUGUGAAGCUCUGUCAUUUUUUUUAAAUAAGAACAUUUUUUGGGCAAUAACCUCCUUCACAAACUCUUCUUCAACUGUUGAGGAAAAAGCUCUCUAACCAGAGAGGGAUCCCAUCCCACAAGGACAUUCCACCACUAACAAGCCACUGCUCCGGUGGCGGACUGCAUAAAGGCGUUGUCAUCUAGAUCAACUCCUCACCAGGACCUGGGUUCAAACCCAAGAGCAGCAGAAGCAGAGGGACCCAGAAGACUACUGGGCAUUUUCUACAGCAACACCCACCAUGCCUACACCUCAGGGCAAUGACUUUAUGGGACCUACACCAACUCCCACUUGGCACCUUGAUGACAACCUACAGCUGCAAAAUGAUCCCCCGUGGUCUCCAGGUGUGUGGUGCGGCCCCCCUCGAAGCAUAACCAUGCUAAUAGAGGACAUAAGCAUGAUGAACGGGCAUGCAAAGGUCGAACAUGACCUGCAAAACACCCCUUCUGAGUCCUCUUCCAUUAGGGGGCCGUCUCCAUGGGCCCUGGAGACUUCGUUUCUUCUCCUCUCCUCCUUCUCCCUUUAAUGAUCCCCAAACAGGGAUUAACUUUACCUGCCCCCUCCCUGGACCAAAGGCACUCCCCUUGCUCCCUUUUCCCAUCCCCCCCUCCCCUAGCGUCCCUAACUCGGGAGCCAGCUUCCCCCUUCUUUUCCCUAAUCCUUAGUGUCCCUAAUCAGGGAGCUGAGGACCCCCUCUUGCUAACCCUACAUAAAAGGAGGGUAGCAUCCCCUACCAGGGAGCUAGCCCUCCCCUUCCCCUCCCUCCCUCUUCCCAUCCACCCUCCUCUAGCAUCCCUAAAUCGGGAGCUAGCCCUCCCCUUCCCUCCCCUUCCCUACCUCCCUCCCUCCCUCCCUCCUCCUUCCUCUAGCAUCCCUAAUUCGGGAGCUAGCCCUCCCCUUCCCUACCUCCCUCCCUCCUCAUUCCUCUAGCAUCCCUAAUUCGGGAUCUAGCCCCUCCCCCUUCUUCCCUAACAUUUAAACCUUAGCAUCCCUAAUCAGGGAUCUGAGUGCCUCCCCUCCCUUACCCUACAUAAAAUGAGGGUAGCAUCCCUAACCAGGGAGCUAGCCCUCUCCUUCCCUCCCUCCCUCUUCCCAUCCACCCUCCUCUAGCAUCCCUAAAUCGGGAGCUAGCCCUCCCCUUCCUCCCCCCCUCUUCCCAUCCCCCUUCCAUUAGCAUCCCUAAAUCGGGAGCUAGCCCCCUCCCCCUUUCUUUCCCUAAGCCUAACCCUUAGCAUCCCCAAUCAGGGAGCUGAGUACCUCCCUUUUUGUACCCUACACAAAAGGAGGGUAGCGUCCCUAACCAGGGAGCUAGCCCUCCCCUUCCCUCUCUCCCUCCCUUACUUUUUCAAUCCUCCCAUUCUUUAGUAUCCCUAUUUCGGGAAAUAGCUCUGCCCCUCCUUUUUUACGUCCUCCCCUUUAGUAUCCCUAGCUCGGGAGCUAGUAUCUUAAUCUAUCCAACCCCCCCCCCAAUUUUUUUUUUUUUUUUUUUUUUUUUUUUUUUUUUUUUUUUUUUUAAACCUUUAACUCUUUCUUUUUAAAAUUUAUUUGUAUUAAAAUUUAAGAUCUCCAGGGCUAUUUUUUAGAAACAGCAAAAACAAUUUUUUACUAACCUAUUUUAAAUGUUUUUACUUAUGUCUCUUGAUCUGCAUGCUAUUUAUGUUUUUAUAAGGCUUAGCACUUACUUUUAGCACUUAUUUUAACUACUAACAAAAUUUGCAUGGCUGUUUACCAUGGUUUUAGCACUUCCUUAAAUUUGCUGUCUCUAAUUUACCCACGAGAUUUAAGCCCCACUAGAUUCCUAAUUAAUUUUAUUAAGUUUUUUAAAUUAUUUAUCUAUUCACUUUGUGUGUAUUCUUUAGUUUUUUAAUUUUUAUUUAUUUUUUUUGUUCAAUUCUUCCUCCCUUCCCUUUCUUAACCCCCUUAGCACCCAUGAAUCAUUGUAAGGCUUGGUAGCCAAAUGGUAAUGGUAACCACCUUUCAUGCAGGCAUCCAGGGUUCGAAUCCGGACUAGGCAGACUGAUGGUUGGAGUUUGAAUUCCUCUUCACUUGUUUUACUGUUCAUUCAAUAUUAAAACAUUUUUUUUGUUGUUAUUUGUUUGUUUUCCCCUUUUUCUUCAGUACAGCAGGCCAGUGCAAUCAAAAUACAAACGUAUUUCUGUAAACCCCAACCCUAACCCAACCCUAACCCUAACCCUAACCCUAACCCCUAACCCUAACCCUAACCCUAACCCUAACCCUAACCCCUAACCCUAACCCUAACCCUAACCCUAACCCUAACCCUUUACCUCCUGUCGGAGCGGACCACUCUCAGAGCGCAGCUACAUCUGUAGGUUUUCGAUUUUUAUUCAUGUCAUUCAAAGCCAAUUGCCUGAUGAAGAAUGUAUAUAGUUCGAAACGUUGCAACUUCGGCUUGUAAAGAUAUUUCUUAUGCCUGAACGCUCCAGCAAUAAACCGAAUUUCAUCGGUGAAAAACACGUCUAGUCCUCCAUUUUGUGUCAGCCUUAGCACUGAGCAGCUACGUUCUAGAACUUUUAUUGAGACAUUAUGCCACCGUGGCCUCAUGAUGAAGAUGACUGGAUCCUCGUCCAGUCCAGAAGAGGCAAAAGGAGGGGCCGUGUUUUGGAACAAGACUGGAGCACAACUUCACGUCAUCCACGACGGAGCAGCCGACGCUCCUAUGCUGAGGUCUCCAGGGGGGAGCCCAGACGCCGCAGUACGCCGCCAGCAUUCCUCCACUGGCGUGAUUACCCUGAUCCAGAGGAGGCGCUGCACGCUCAGGGACCCGAAUGGUACACCAGACCCUCAUGCCAAUAUGGCGACCGCUGGGUCACAACACGGGGGGUCGGAGCCAGAGCGCCCCCACACAGAGUGCAGUCGGACGACCCGCACUUUACACAGAAGGUGCGUAUCAUCAACAGACUCAUAAAAGCAGUGCACCACCUUGUUAAUGUUUCCAAAGAGGAAUAUCCUCCAUCCUUACUUAAAAUAAGCCAACAGCUCACAACACUUAUUAAACCUGCUUCCCCCAACUUACAAACAUUUAGUCUCUUAGAGGGGAAUGCUAAAAACUGGAUUUACACCACCAUCCUGAUUUUGAGAGAACACUAUGAGAAUAACAUAGACCUUGAGCUGAACAGACUGUCCCAGCUCUCCACAGGAGGUUGGAGAGGACCCUUUGAGAUCGCCACCUGCUGGGCUAAGAGACACCUGGGCACGCGUCUGAAGCAGGAAGCUCUGGACCGCUGCCAGAGAUUGCUCAUCACCAGGUUAAGAGAACCAGCCCCUCCCUCUCCUACUCCCUCUGCUUCAGAACUUUUAGUAGAACAGGAGGAAGACGUGGGCCUGGAGCUGGCUCCAUCACCUCCGCCAGCGACAGUCCAGCCCCCAUCUACAAGGCCACAGAGCCCAACAGAAGCACGUCCACGUGCCACCAAGAAGAAACACACAAAACGGGCCUUGUCACCUCUGCUCGAACUCACAGAGAGGGGUGACGUAGAAUGUUUGUCCCCUAUUUCUCCUCCUCUUCAUAUGUCUCCUCUGACUCCUCCUCCAUCAGGAGUGAAGUUCACCUCUGGAGCAGAACCAUCUCUCAUCUCAGAGCUGCAGUCAUCACACGCUCAGCGUGCAUCGAGGGAGCUAAACACAGAAGCUCCUCGCUUUACCCCGGCGGGACAUGCAGCAAAUUCUGCAGCAGCUGUGCAGGUAUGCAGACCAACACAGCAUGCCAUCACUACGCACAAAUCCCUAGACUGGCAUCUCCACAUACGUAAGGAGAUUCUGAUCAUGGGGGAUUCUAACAUUGGCAGACUUCCACCCUUUAAGUCUGACCACAUCCAGGUUGAUAGCUUUCCUGAAGCCACAUGGCAGGAUGCUGAAUUCCUUCUGAGGAACGCCACCUGCUACACCUUACCAAAGACCCUUUUACUGUCCUUUGGCAUCCACCAGAGGACUCAUGAGGAUAAGGAUGUCCCGGUGACUGAAAUGUUUCAAACAUUUCGGGUGGCAGAACAACUGUUUCCAGAGGCCAAAAUUGUCAUCCCUAUGAUUGGAUACUCACCUCGUCUACCACAGCAACAAAAAGCAGUCCUGGACCAUCUAAAUGAACAUAUUGGAGAACUGUUUAACCACAUUUACUUUUCAGGUGACCCCAUUGAGACAGGGAAGGACAAUGUGCACUGGACUGCAGACACUGCCCUGAAGAUGCUAAAACACUGGCGUCCUUGGUUAAAAUAAUUCUUCCCCUCACCUCAACUUGCUUCAGAGGGAGGGAAAGGAUGGAUUGAAUAACCCGUAUUAUAACUCCUUUUCUUGGUAUUCAGUACAGUUUCAGCACAACAGGUUUGCAUCCCAUUAAGACGGAACCAGAUUCACUUCCUUUUUGUCCAACAGAUGGUGCUUAUGAGUAACCCAAUCAGGUGCAGUUCACUUUCUGUUGUCAUCCAGUAGAGGGGAUUGAAGAGUUUCCAUCCCUAAUGUGAAACCAUCAUUUGGACUCACCAUAGCUUUUAAGGCUUUUAUUUUAAUCAUUUCCUUUUAGAUCAUCUUAAUCCUAACCAAGUGAUUGAAUGUUCUAACCCUAAACCAGUGAUUUUUGUUCUAACCCUAACCCAGGUUUUUUUCCUGACCUUAACCAAGUGAACUUCAGGCUCUAACCCUAAUUUGCAUAAUUCGGUUACCAGACAGAUCUCUUCAGCAGCGAGAGAAUCCUGAAACAGAAGAAAUGAGCACAAUCCAGAGGGGAGGAGGGUGGAGCUAUGGUGAGGACAGGGAAGGCCAGAGCAUCAGAUCUCCAGGCGUCCUGCAUGGAGAUCUUAAUUUUCUCACUUCUAACCCGCGCGUGCCCCCUGUUUCCUUGCUUGGUUUCUGCCUUUGCCCCUCAAAUGUUCCAUUUCCAUUCAGAAUGUUAUAUGCUUUAAAAAUGCAUUCAUUUCAAUAGUGAAAAAAUGUUUGUUUAAAAUGUUUGAUUUUAUUAUUAAGGUCUCAUGUGUAACCGGAGGAAGACUAAUGAUCAACAUAACCUUUCUGAUGCAAAAAAAGUUUUUUUUCAACUACUGGGAUCAUUCAUAAGUUAAAGUUUACCACCUAGAAUGAUCAUUUGAUCUCAUGAAAAUGUGUCUAGUGAUGAGGAUAUCUUAGAUAACACUUUUUAAAGCUAUUUGGUUUCAAUUGUAAUAGAUUAUGUUUCAGAGUGUAAAAUAGUUAAAAAAUAAUUUUUCUAUGUGGAUGCUUAAACUUACGAGUGUCUUUCAAUGCAACCCUCCAAGUCUGAAAAUUCCUAUGCCUUACCGGGCCAGUGGAGGGCGCAUUUUGCCCGGAGACUAAAGGGGAUUGGUUCCUGGAGCCCACAGGGGCGUGUUGUUUACCACCCCAGGUUGAAGACGUUCUUUUCGCCUUUACCUCCUGUCGGAGCGGACCACUCUCAGAGCGCAGCUACAUCUGUAGGUUUUCGAUUUUUAUUCAUGUCAUUCAAAGCCAAUUGCCUGAUGAAGAAUGUAUAUAGUUCGAAACGUUGCAACUUCGGCUUGUAAAGAUAUUUCUUAUGCCUGAACGCUCCAGCAAUAAACCGAAUUUCAUCGGUGAAAAA